CAUAUAAACACAUACAUCACUUCCCCAUUCAAGCCCAAAAAUCAAAAAGAAGAGAAAAUGAGUAGCGGAGAUUGGAUGUGUGGUGCAUGCCAACACUCAAACUUCAAGAAACGCGACGUCUGUCAAAGAUGUCAAUGUCCUAAAUUCGCUACACCAGCCGAAAUUCAAACUCAUGCAAACAAGACGAGGGUGCUAGCAGGCGACUGGUAUUGCUGUUGUGAGGCACACAACUUUGCAAACCGAACCGAGUGUUACAGAUGUGGUGUACACGUGAUGAUGGCAUUCAACUCGUCAAGUAGCUAUCCUUCUUAUGAUGCUAGCCUUCUUCCUGGAGGGAAAGUAGGUGACUGGAUGUGUACUAGGUGUGGGGGACAUAACUUUGCAAGUAAGGUACAAUGCUUUAGAUGCAAAUCACCAAGGGAAUAGGAGUAUUAGAAGUUGUGUUUUUUUUCCUUUGUGCUCCAACAAUGCUAUAUGUUUUCUUGUAUUUUCCUUAAUAUAUGAAGAAAUGAGCACAAUGUUACAUUA